AUGCGAUCGGGGCGGCGCCCUCUGUGCGGCUCAGAGCGCGGCGACCAAUGGGAGAACGCGGCGGGCCCUGACGGACAGGCCACCUCCGGCGUUCUUAAAGGGACCGGCAACGCGCCACGAGGGGCGUUCCGCGCCCAGCACCACCCCCUGCUGGAGGGAAGAGGACGGCGCCCAACAUGGCGGCGGUGGGAGCUGGCGAGCCCUGGUGCUGUGGGCCGAGGCCCCGCGGCUGCCUCCCCCAGCACGGGGGCACCCAAUCCCCGGCCCCCGCAGACCCGUAACAGCGAACAGGCCGCGGCCUCCCCGCUGGAUGGCUGCAUCUGCUCCGGCCGCCACAGCCUCGUCUGCACCACAGGCCUGAGGCCAGAGCACCCACGGGCCCGGCACAACUGGCCCGCUCACCUGAGAGAAACCACCCGUGGGCGUGGAUACAAGGAGCUUUUCACGCUAAAGGGCUCCCGUGCAGGGCUGCAGCCGAGGCCACCUCCACCAGGAACAGGCCCAGCUGCUCAGAAACACGAGUUCUUUGUGGACAUGACCUGUGAAGGCUGCUCCAAUGCGGUCACCCGUGUCCUGCACAGGCUGGGAGGUGUCCAGUUUGAUAUUGACCUGCCCAACAAGAAGGUGUGCAUCGACUCGGAGCACAAUGUUGACACCCUAUUGGAAACCCUAAAGAAGACUGGAAAGAACGCUUCCUACCUUGGGGAGAAGUCCGCGCAGUAGCCUUGCCUGGUGUGAGGAGGCUAGGAACUCAAACAUGACUUCAGCAAAAAAGGUGGCUUAACUGUUUGCAUAUCUCCCAACUUGCUCUUUCAUUUGACCUUUACUACCCUGCCAGAUGCCGGAAGGCAGAGGGCUGGCAGGAGGAGACAGCUGCGUCUUGAGCUUUAAAAGCGGAGAAAUCUAGAGGAGGAGGUUAUAUGCUGUUUCUAGUCCCACAGUAAAUCGAGGUGCUGCUUCUAUC